GCACAGGCAACUGCGAAGCGAGCGCGCGCCUGAUCGUUGCGGUCAAGAGCACGAGCCGAACCGAGACAUGAGAUUCGACCCGAGCGGAGCAGAUUGAGCAGAUUACAACCGCUGCAACGCGAGGAGACGAUCCGAUUCUUCAGACUGAAGGUUCACAGCUCCAUGCCUCCAUGAAUGACCUCUGACACUCGAAGGCCCCUCCCCUUCACUCCCAUCUAUCAGAUCUCAUCCAAUCACCCGCUCUUGCUGUCUUCCACGGCCCAAUCGCUGUCCGCCACGAUGGUUUGCUACUACAACGAGUCUAUAACUUUCUUCUACAAUCUCAGCAAGAAGAACAUCAGUGACACGUGGCGGACGAAAGACGUUGUGGUGGUUUCCAUGGGACUGCUCGUUUGUUUUUUUGCAAUCUUCGCCAACAUCCUGGUCAUGAUGCCCAUCUUCAUGGACCGCAGGUUUCAUUACCCCAUAUACUAUCUGCUGGGAAACCUGGCAGCCGCGGAUCUGUUCUCCGGCAUCUCCUACUUGUACCUGAUGUUCCACACUGGUCCCUGGACCAUCAAGCUCUCCAUAUAUCAGUGGUUUGUCCGACAGGGUUUGAUUGUCACCAGUCUGACAGCAUCUGUGAUUAAUCUGAUGGCCAUCGCUCUGGAGCGACACCAGACCAUCUUCAACAUGCAGCCGCACAGUAAAGUGACCAACCACAGGGUCGUGCUGCUCAUCAUCGGCAUCUGGCUCAUCGCCAUAGUGAUGGGUCUGGUGCCCACUAUGGGAUGGCACUGCGUGUGCAACAUUCAGAAGUGCUCCACCAUGGCGCCGCUCUACAGCCGCAGUUACCUUGUGUUCUGGGCCGUGUUGAACCUGCUGACCUUCACGGUCAUGGUGGCCGUCUACACACACAUCUUCAUCUAUGUUCUGCGCAAGAACCACCGGAUGAGCCAGCACAGCUCUCAGGUCAAACACAAGGAGACUGUGGUCAACCUCAUGAAGACUGUCGUCAUGAUAUUGGAUUGUUUUGUGGUGUGUUGGACGCCGGGUCUGGUUCUGCUUCUGCUGGACGGUCUCUGUGAAACCUGCAACGUCCUGACGUACGAGAAGUUCUUCCUGGUGCUGGCCGAGUGCAACUCCUUCAUGAACCCCAUCAUCUACUCCUACCGUGAGAAGGACAUGUGUGACUCCUUCAAACGCAUCCUCUGUUACCCGUGCCUGAGGUCCCAACAGGGUGAAUACUCGGGCAUCCGCUUUAAUACCCUCGAGCAAGAGGUACUCUCUGAGAGCGACGGGACCCACAACCCACCCUCAAAUCUCCAUUUUAGCACAAGAACUCAUGUCCGACAGACACGCUUUCAUGUGACGCUAUAAACACGCCAAAAAGAGUUCUUCUGCAGUCGUUUUCUCGUUUUCCAAUACAAAUAUCUAAACAUUCUUAUAUCAAGAUUCAUUUACUGGAGAAGCAAAAUGACUUGGGAUGUUUCUGAAAAAUGUAUUAAAAUGAAGUGAGUUUGUGCUUAAAACAGAAAUAUCUAGGGAAACUUGUUUCCACCACAAAUUAAAAAAUAAUAAUAAAUAAUCGCAAUUCUGACUUUUUUCCUCGCACUUGCUAGAAAAAUGUUGCAAUUGCUAAACAAGUCAGAAUUGUGAGAUAUAAACUUGCAAUUGUGAGAAAAAAGUCGUAAUUGCAAGAAACUCAGAAUUGUUAGAAAAAGUCGUAAUUGCGAGAAACUCAGAAUUGAUAGAAAAAGUCGUAAUUGCGAGAAACUCAGAAUUGUUAGAAAAAGUCGUAAUUGCGAGAAACUCAGAAUUGAUAGAAAAUGUCGUAAUUGCGAGAAACUCAGAAUUGUUAGAAAAAGUCGUAAUUGCGAGAAACUCAGAAUUGAUAGAAAAAGUCGUAAUUGCGAGAAACUCAGAAUUGAUAGAAAAAGUCGUAAUUGCGAGAAACUCAGAAUUGUU